AGUUCAUUUCGUGGUGCUUCGUCUUGAUAUAAUGGAACCUUCAUACGAUGCUGAAAUACUGAAUAAUCUUUUAGAGCCACCGGAGCCGUUAUCUAAUAACAUUGCAGCCAUACUUACUCCAAAUUAUGGUUACGUGGUCUCAGGACGAUCAUCGUCCUCGAAUAUAAUGGACAUUGCAGCCAUACUUACUCCAAAUUUUGAUUGUGUGGUCUCAGAACAAUCGUCGAAUAUGAUGGAAUUUUCAUAUGAUGAUGAAAUACUAGAGCCUCCGGAGUCAUUAUCUAAUAACAUUGCGGCCAUACUUACUCCAAAUUUUGAUUGUGAGGUCUCAAAACGAUCGUCAGUAUCGGAUACAAUGGAACCUUCAUAUGAUGCUGAAAUACUAGAUCCUCUGGAGCCGCUAUCUAAUAACAUUGCAGCCAUAUUUACUCCAAACUUUGAUUGUGAGGACUCAGAACGAUCAUUGGUUUCGGAUACAAUGGAAUCUUCAUACAAUGCUAAUAAUAUUUUAAAGCCGCCGGAGCCGUUACCUAAUAACGUUGCAGCUCCACAAGAACCUAAAGUAGACCAAGUUACUGUAGCAGA